UGUGCUUCAGGUGCCGUUAACCCUGUCAAAGAAACCCUGAAUAGCCAGUUUGUGGAUGGUUGCAAAGGAGUUAUACAACGACUUGUUUUACAGGAACAUAAAAUGGUAUGGAAUCGAACUACCCACAUCUGGAAUGACUGUGAAAAGAUUAUUCAUCAAAGGACCAACACUGUACCCUUUGACCUUGUGCCUACCGAUGGUAGCCCUGGCAUCUCCGUCAGGGUGAUAAAACCCUUGGAGUCCUCUGAACUGAACCUAGAAACGAUGUAUGAGAAAUUUCACCCUGCAGUACAAACAUUUACUGAUAUAAUUGGUCAUUUCAUCAGUGGUGAGCGACCAAAGGGAGUCAAAGAGACUGAAGAAAUGCUACAAGAUAAGGACAUCAUAACUGGAGUUGGGGAACUUGUAUUGGACAGUAACAUUAUUAAGAUACAGCCUCCAAAGCAAGGACUCCAGUACUACUUAAGUCGACUAGACUUUGAGUCUCUUCUUCGAAAACAGGAGUCCAAGGCAAAGCUGUGGAAAAUCCUGACGAUGGUGUUUGGAAUUACAACUUGUAUAACUUUAUUUUUCAUAUUACGACAACAGUAUAAACGUUACGUAAGGGAACAGGAACAGUCAAGACUGCAGAGAGAAAUGCUGGCAGUGAAGAAGCGGCGUUUGCAGGAGCUUGACUUGACAGAAGAUCAAAUCCCACAAAACGCAUGUGCCAUCUGUCUAAGCAGGGAACGUUCCUCUGUGUUCCUGGAGUGUGGACAUGUCUGCUCCUGUUCUGAUUGUUAUGAGGCCUUACCUAUACCCAAGAAAUGUCCUAUUUGUCAAACCAUUAUCUCCAGAUUAGUCCCAUUGUACAAUAGUUAAAUAUUCACUUCUUUACCGGCACUGUGAAAUGAAAAUGCAUGUUGUUAGGAAAUUAUUAUGGGGUUGAAAGGUAAAAACAAUUCGUGUAAAAUUUUGUGCAAGACUGCAUAUACUUAUAAACGUGGUUAUUACUUUGCCUAUU